AUCCGUGGAAGGGAUUAGGCCGGAAGAUGCGAAGGUGGCUAGUAUCGGCUAGUAUCAGGGACUGGCCACGACCUCAGACGGUUACUGAGGUCAGAUAUUUCUCAGGAAUGUGCGACUACUAUAGAAACUUCGCAAAGAACUAUUCCACAGUCGCCUCUCCUUUGACUGAUCUAACUCGACUUGACACGCCGUGGGACUGGAGUGAUGAGUGCGAGGCUGCUUUCAAACGAUUGAAGCAUGCACUCAUGAAUCAUGAGGUUCUCAUGGUGCCCGAUCCUCAGAAGCCUUUCAUUGUAACCACUUACGCAAGCCAAUACAACAUUGGUGCAGUGUUGACUCAGCAGGAUGGGAAAAAGUUGAGACGGAUUGAGUAUAUGAGCAAAAAGAUGCCACCAAAGAAACCGGCAAAGUCCACCUAUGAAAGGGAACUCUAUGCUCUCUACAAAGCACUUGUCCAUUGGAGGCACUUUCUGUUGGGACGGUUUUUCUAUUUGAGAACUGGUCAUCAGACCCUUAAAUGGAUCAAGCCUCAACUGGCUCUUUCUGAUGCACUCAAGCGCUGGAUUGAGGUCAUAGAUCAGUAUGCCUUCAAGCUAGAGUAUCUGAAGGGAGAGUACAACAAGGUUGCAGAUGCGCUAUCACGUAGGGCAGACUACCUAGGAGCACUAGUUUCUGAGUUUGGUGUAUCUGAGGAACUAACUCAAUCCCUGGUGGGAGCCUAUCAGGAAAACCUUGUCACGAUGGACAUCAUACACAAAUUUCAGGCAAAAGACAAGGCCACAGAAGAUGAGUUUGUGAUGGUGGACGAGCUUCUCUUUCUUGAUAAGGCCGGAUUUAAAAGGAUGUCCCUUGCUGAGCUUGAGGAGCUCAGAAAGCAGCUUGAGACCCUGACCAGCAAAGGCUGGAUCAGACCCAGCACUUCCAAAUUCAGUGCACGUGUUCUCUUUGUGCCCAAAGGGAACGACGAGUUCAGAAUGUGCAUUGAUUACAGGGGUCUCAAUAAGAUCACUAGGAAGAGUACUGAGCCACUUCCUAGGAUCGAUGACCUCCUGGAUAUGGUGCAGGGUUGCACAGUGUUCAGCAAAGUCGACCUCAAAUCUGGCAACCACCAGAUUGAGAUGGCAGAGGAGGAUGUCUACAAGACAACCUUCAAGACCAGGUAUGGGACUUAUGAGUUCUUGGUCAUGCCAUUUAGACUUUGCAACGCCCCAGGCACUUUCCAGACAGAGAUGGACCGCAUCUUCAGGCCUUACCUGGACAAGUUUAUGGUUGUCUACCUGGAUGACAUCCAGGUAUUCAGCAAAACUGUCAGGGAACAUGCGGAGCACCUGGCUCUAGUCCUUCAGUCGUUGCGUGACAGCCAGUAUAAGAUCAACAGGGAGAAGUCCUCUUUUGGAGUUCCCUAUGUUAUCUAUCUGGACCAUGUAAUCUCAGGAGAUGGCCUGGCUCCUAAAGCAGCCAAGAUUGCGGCUAUUCAGGAGUGGCCUCAGCCUCAAACAGUGAGGGAUGUCCGAUCCUUCAUGGGUCUAGCCUCCUACUACAGAAAGUUUGUCAUGAACUUUUCGGCAGUGGUUGUACCCCUGACUAACCUAACAAAGAAGGACACUCCCUUUCUUUGGUCCCUCCACUUUCAGUUGACCUUCACACGACUCAAGAAGGCCUUGACUCGUGUGCCUGUACUGAAGUUACCUGACCCCACUUUGCCAUUCAUCCUGACCAUUGACGCCAGUCAGUAUGGCAUUGGGGCAGUUCUUCAGCAGGACGAUGGGAAUGGUCUACGGCCAGUAGAGUUCAUGAGUAAGAAGAUCAAGACUCAAAAGCUCCAGGACUCUACCUACAAGAAAGAGCUAUAUGCUCUUGCCCUGAAACAUUGGAAGCACUUUCUCCUGGGCAGGUACUUCAAGAUCUUUUCAGAUCACUCCACCCUGCAGUGGAUGAAGUCCCAGGGAGAGUUAAACGACAAACUGGCACGGUACAUUCAGUUCAUAGACAUGUUUGACUUCGAACUGAAACAUAAGAAGGGCUGCUACAACAAGGUAGCAGAUGCUGUCUCUCGUAGGCCUGACUCUUUUGCGCUGAUCUCCUCUACUCACUCCUUUGGAGAGGAGACCCGUCAGACCAUUGCUCGUCUACUACCUCAGGACGAGACUUUCGGACCCAUGGUCAGGAAUCUGCAAGCAGAUCCUAACUCUGAACCAGGUUAUGCUCUGAGUUCAGACCUGCUGUAUACUUGCAGCAGAGGUGAGGAGCGCUUGUGCAUUCCCCAGGACCAGCGGCUCAGGACACUGCUGAUGUCAGAAUGUCAUGAUGCCCGGGGACACUUCGGGUUCCUAAAGUCUUAUGCAACCCUGUCGCAACACUUCUUCUGGAAGGAGAUGCGGAGUGAUAUGCUGCGUUAUGUGGACACCUAUGAGCUCUGCCAAAGGAAUAAGGUCCAGCGUAGACCUCCUUUGGGACUGCUCAAACCCUUACCCAUACCUGAUGGCCCUGCUGAAUCUGUGUCUAUAGACUUCACAGAUUUAGGCAAGACCACCCCUCGUGGCAUGCAUCAGGUUAUGGUCUGCGUGGACAGAUUUUCCAAAUACGCAGAGUUCAUCCCCUUGCCAGAGGUAGCUAGAGUACCAGCUGUGAGACCAGCCUUUUCUGAGAGAUUUUGCAUCGAUGAGUGGCAGUCCUACUGGAAGGACUAUCUGCACUCACGAUUGGACAUGACUUCUGGUCAUUAUCUUGAAGCCAAUGGUUUGGCUGAAGUGAUGAACCAAGUCUUAUUCCAGCUGCUACGUCCUGUCAUCUCUCCAGAUCAACAAGACUGGGAUCUUCACUUAGCAAGGGCACAACUCAUGUACAACAUGUCUGUCCACUCCACGAACGGGUUCAUUCCCUACUGGUUACACUGGGGACGUGAACCACGACAGCCUCUCGAUGACAUCAUCGACAAGGCUAAGCCUGAUUUGACACCAGGCACAACGGAGUUCGCCAAACGAUAUCGUCUAGAUGUGGAAAGAGCCCGCGCGAACUUGUUCAAAGCCCAAAAGGCUAUGAUUGAACAAGCCAAUCGCCACAGGCGGCCUUCCCCCAUCCGCACUGGUGACCAUGUUUGGGUGGCCAGCUUUGAGCUGUCGAGAGAGGAGGAUAUCUCUCCCAAGCUGUUGCCACGUUACCUGGGUCCAUGGCAGGUCCUAUAUACAGUGGGCGCUGAUCCCUUCGGUCCGUCGUAUGUCAUCGACGUCCCGCUGCAUCUACACACCUACCCGGUCUUUCAUGCAUCCAAGGUGUUGCCUUUCACUCCAGCUGAUGCAUUCCUAGACCGGCCCCCUGAAUUCGGUCCACCGAUCCCUAGCAAGGGAUAUGACGUGGAAUGGAUUGAGGACGAGUGGGGCGCAGGCCCUGACCGGCAGUAUCUUGUGAGGUUCGCAUUCCAGCCUCCUUCUGAGAACAACUGGUUCUACAGAAGGGAACUUCUCAAGACAGCAAAGUUAGUUGUUCUGCGAUAUGAAGCGGCUCAGAAGGGCAAUCUUCCUGGCCGUUCACCUCGCCUGCGCCCCUAGCUCGGAGGUCCUCGCUCCCGGGGAGGUUUGGACUAUGUCUCCUCUCUCCCCUUCUCUUCUGCAUGUAUGGGCAUGUGUGAGACUGUCUGUGUGUGAGUGGCGAUAAAAUUCGUUAGGCAAC